AUGCCACCGGCCACCGCGUCCGGAUCAGAUGCGAGAGGUGAAGGCUCCGCAAGAUCUCGCGAACACAAUCAAGGGAACCAGGAGCGGAAGUACACUGUCGAACAAAAAGCGGCCGUGUUGAGGAUACGAAAAUGCUCGCCGACGGAGUACUAUGAGAUUCUGAGUUUGGAGAGGACGGCUUCGGAUGGCGAGAUCAAGAAGGCGUAUCGGAAGCUGAGCUUGUUGACGCAUCCUGAUAAGAAUGGGUAUGAAGGGGCUGAUGAGGCAUUUAAGCUGGUGUCGCGUGCUUUCCAGGUACUAUCAGAUCCCGAGAAGAAGUCCAAGUUCGAUAAAUUCGGCGGUGAUCCAGAUAGCAGGUUCAAUCCUGGCGCUGCUGGCCCGUCCGGCGCUUCGCCGUUUGGUGGUGGCUUUGGUGGAUUCCCGCGGUCAGCAGGCGCAGGUGGUCCUAUGUUCGAUGAGGAGAUAUCACCAGAAGAGCUAUUUAACCGAUUCUUCAGUGGUGGCUUUGGGGGCAUGGGAGGUGGGUUCACUCCGUUUGGUGGUCCUCAGUUUGUCUUCAACAUGGGAGGAGGUCCUGGGUUCCGCGUCCAUCAAUUUGGAGGCACGAGGCCACGCAGAAGGCCACGGGAAGCCAAUAAUGCGCAGUCAGAACCGUUACCGUCUGCAUGGACCAUAAUUCAACAACUCCUCCCUCUCAUCCUCCUUUUUAUCCUGCCGCUCCUCUCGUCGCUCUUCUCCGGCUCGUCCACUCCUUCCGGACCCUCUUAUCGGUUUGACGCUGCUAUUCCCCCAUAUGUUAUGCAACGGACGACCCCCAGACUCAACAUAAACUACUAUCUCAAUCCAAACGAGGUACAGGACUAUAGUAACCGAAAAUUCCAUCAACUGGACCAAAAGGCGGAAGUCGACUAUGUUAGCAAACUCCGAUACGAGUGUGAUAAUGAAGUGAGGGUUCGGGACCGGAUGGUCCAGGACGCUCAGGGCUGGUUCUUCCCCGAUGUCGAGAAGAUGAAGGCAGCGCGUUCCAUGGAGUUGAGGAGUUGCAGGAGACUGGAGGACCUAAAAGGUAGAUAUUAA